AAUUCCAGACCUCUGCCUCUCUCCCUUCUCACCAUAACUGAGAUACAUAAUAAGAAAGAUAUGGCUGUAUCAUUCUCUAACCAGUUAUUCCUCGCCCUAAUUUCCCUUGUGGUGAUACUAAACUCAACCUUUUCCGGCAGCAGCCCCGUGGUUGAAACAGAGAACAUAAAGUUCAUAAGAAGAUCGUGCGGCAUCACUACUUACCCUACACUCUGCGUCUCCUCUCUGGCCGCCCAUGCCAACGCUAUCCAAACGAGUCCUAUGCGCCUUUCCCACACCGCUCUCUCCUUAAGCUACGACGCAACCCGGUCCACGUCAGUAACAAUCGCCCUACUGGCGCAAUCCCACGGUCUACUUCCCCGGGAAGCCGCCGCCAUGCGGGAUUGCGUGGAGGAGUUGGGGGACUCCAUUGACCAGCUGAAGCGGUCUCUUGCAGAGAUGAAUGAGCUCAACGGGCCGAAUUACGGGCUGGUGAUGAACAACAUUCAGACGUGGGUUAGCGCCGCUCUCACAGACGAAGACACGUGUACGGAGGGCUUUAAAGGUGCCCCGACGGGAAGCAAAGUGAGGAGUCAAGUAAGAGAGAGAAUUUUGAACGUUUCCCACAUGACUAGUAACGCCUUGGCCUUAAUUAACACUUAUGCUGCCGUCCACGGCUAGGUUUGGGUACUGGAAUUCUUCAACUCGACCGAGGUUAUCUUAAUUUAUUUUGAUUAAGUUUAAGUAGAGUAAAAGUGAAAUGCAGAUGAAGAUGAAGAUUUGCACUCUGUCUUGUAAAACUGUGGAUAUGUCAUAGAUGGGUACCCUUGUUUUUU